UCUAAGCAGAGCGCUUUAACUAAACCUAACCCUACAACUAACUAACUAACUAACUAACUGUAACCCAACAGGUGUUUCCAGUACGACCUGUACUAAUAGUACUGCUGCUUCAACAGUAAAGUGUCCUGCCCUUCCUCUUCCUCCUCCUCCUGUUGUAUUCUUCCUCUUGUCCUCUUUCUUCUUCUUCUUUUCUGCCUGCACAUGGACUCAGUAGUGCCCUCCAGCCUCUCUCUGGUCUCAGUCUUGUCUCUAUUAGCAUGUAGCAUCCAGGUGUUAGCUGCCAUCCUGCUAACGCACAGAUAUGGUGGGCGGAGCUCUGUGAAGGACAGGUGGAUCCUACUGUGGCUCUACUAUGAUGUCAUUGUCCACCUGACCCUGGAGGGUCCGUUUGUUUACAUGUCUAUGGUUGGGACGGUGCAGACAUCUGAAGGUCCACUGGCUGAACUCUGGAGGGAGUAUGGUAAAGCUGACAGUCGUUGGUUAGUUUCUGAUCCAGCAAUCGUUUCCAUAGAGAUUCUGACCGUCGUCCUAGACUCUCUGUUAGCAGUCCUGCUGAUACACGCAGUACUGAGAGACAAGUACUACAGACACUUUUUGCAGAUCACUCUGAGCGUGUGCGAGCUGUACGGCGGCUGGAUGACCUUCUGUCCUGAUUGGCUGAUUGGCAGUCCUCACCUGAACACAUCCAAUGGGCUCUAUCUGUGGGUCUACCUGGUCUUCUUUAAUGGAGUCUGGGUCCUGGUCCCAGUCCUGCUGCUGGUCCAGUCCUGGUUCUCUCUGAGGAGCCUGCACGUGCUCAGAACAGACCAUGACAUAAAUAUAGCCAAGAAGAUGAUGUAGAGACGACUUAUCACAUGACCACUGAUCCCAUGAACAUUUAAAGGCUCAUUCGACACAUUUUAGCUCUCAGCUGUUGACUGUGAUCAGUUAUCAAUCUGCUGCAUUGAUUAUUGAACAGAAACUGAAGAGAUGUGAUCUUUUUACUUCAGAUUAAAACCUCUUG